GUUCAUCCGGAAUUGUACGUUGACAAAUCGAGGGGAGAUAAACUGAAGAUCAACCUGGAUGUUAUUUUCCCACAUAUGCCUUGUGCUUAUUUGAGCAUUGAUGCCAUGGAUGUAGCAGGAGAGCAGCAGCUGGAUGUAGAGCACAAUCUGUUUAAACAACGUUUGGAUAAAGCUGGCAAUCGUGUGACUCCAGAGGCUGAGCGACAUGAGCUGGGGAAAGAAGAAGAAAAAGUGUUUGAUCCAGAUUCUUUGGAUGCCGAUCGUUGUGAGAGCUGUUACGGGGCAGAGUCAGAGGACAUUCGGUGUUGUAAUACUUGUGACGAUGUCAGAGAAGCAUACAGGCGGCGAGGCUGGGCCUUCAAGAACCCGGAUAGCAUAGAGCAGUGCAAGAGGGAAGGGUUUAGCCAGAAAAUGCAAGAGCAGAAGAACGAGGGCUGCCAAGUGUAUGGUUUCCUAGAGGUCAACAAGGUAGCUGGAAAUUUCCACUUUGCACCAGGAAAAAGUUUCCAACAAUCUCAUGUCCAUG